AAUGUCUGCGAGUGUCUCGGCCGCGGAGGCGCCGUUCCUCGGGGCGCGCUGCUCCCGAGCGUGAGAGGCCGCGCGGGCUGGCCCACUUAGUCCCUGAGGACUCGCUUCUUUGGUGCCCAUGGCUCAGAAGACUUUGUCAUCUGGCCCAGAGUGAGCCGUGCCUGAUGCCCAAGAUGGAGAAGAAACGAAGAAAGAAAUGAAAGCCUCUCCUCUCCUCAGGCCCGCCCACAGAAGGCCAUGGAGCCCCACCUUGGUUUGGGUCGGACAGGAGUGUGAAAUGGCACAUCAGUGAUGUCUCGGCUCUCAGCCGAAACUCAGAAGAACUUGUAAUCAAAGGAGAAACAGUGUGAUUUGAAUUUAUGCAAUUUCCUGACCACAGCCCCACCAUGAAGCUGGUCAACACCUUGCUGCCUUUGCUGGUAGUUCUGCUCUGGGGGAAGGAGCACCUGGGUGACAGGCUGGGGAGCAGCUUCCACAAGACCUCAUGUCCCAGUUGCCCACCACUGACGCUCAAGGUGGGAUUCUCCUCCACCGUCGUGGAAUAUGAAUAUAUCGUGGCUUUCAAUGGAUACUUUACAGCCAAAGCUAGGAAUUCCUUUAUUUCAAGUGCCCUGAAGAGCAGUGAAAUAGAUAAUUGGAGGAUCGUUCCCCGAAACAACCCAUCCAGUGACUACCCGAGUGAUUUUGAGGUGAUUCAGAUCAAAGAGAAGCAGAAGGUGGGGCUGCUGACACUCGAAGGUCACCCGAACAUCAAGCGGGUGACACCGCAGCGGAAGGUCCUGCGUUCGCUCAAGUUCGCUGAGCCGGACCCUGGCGCACCUUGUAACGGCAGCCGCUGGAGCCAGAAGUGGCCAUCGUCUCGCGCCUUGCGCCGUGCUAGCUUGUCCCUGAGCUCUGGCUUCUGGCAUGCCACCGGCAGGCACUCGAGUCGCCGGCUUCUCAGAGCCAUCCCGCGCCAGGUGGCCCAGACUCUGCAGGCUGAUGUGCUGUGGCAGAUGGGGUAUACAGGUGCUAACGUCAAGGUUGCUGUCUUCGACACUGGGCUGAGUGAGAAGCACCCCCACUUUAAGAACGUGAAGGAGAGAACCAACUGGACUAACGAGCACACCCUGGACGACGGGCUAGGCCAUGGCACUUUCGUGGCAGGCGUCAUCGCCAGCAUGAGGGAGUGCCAAGGGUUUGCGCCAGAUGCAGAGCUCCACAUCUUCAGGGUCUUCACCAACAGCCAGGUAUCCUACACAUCUUGGUUCCUGGAUGCCUUCAACUAUGCCAUCUUAAAGAAGGUGGAUGUGCUGAACCUCAGUAUCGGCGGCCCCGACUUCAUGGAUCAUCCCUUUGUCGACAAGGUGUGGGAGCUGACGGCCAACAAUGUGAUCAUGGUUUCUGCCAUUGGAAAUGAUGGUCCUCUCUAUGGCACUCUAAACAACCCUGCUGAUCAGAUGGACGUGAUUGGAGUUGGCGGUAUUGACUUUGAGGACAACAUUGCCCGCUUCUCCUCCAGGGGGAUGACAACUUGGGAGCUACCGGGAGGUUACGGCCGCGUGAAGCCUGAUAUCGUCACCUAUGGUGCCGGGGUGAGGGGCUCUGGUGUAAAGGGGGGCUGCCGUGCCCUCUCUGGGACCAGUGUGGCCUCGCCUGUGGUGGCUGGUGCUGUCACCUUGCUCGUGAGCACGGUGCAGAAACGGGAGCUGGUGAACCCUGCCAGCAUGAAGCAGGCCCUGAUCGCAUCCGCCCGCAGGCUCCCCGGUGUCAACAUGUUUGAGCAGGGCCAUGGCAAGCUGGACCUGCUGCGUGCCUAUCAGAUCCUCAGUAGCUACAAGCCCCAGGCCAGCUUGAGCCCUAGCUACAUCGACCUGACCGAGUGUCCCUACAUGUGGCCCUAUUGCUCACAGCCUAUCUACUAUGGAGGCAUGCCAACUAUCGUCAACGUCACCAUCCUUAAUGGCAUGGGUGUCACUGGCAGAGUCGUGGACAAGCCUGACUGGCAGCCCUACCUGCCCCAGAAUGGGGAUAACAUCGAGGUUGCCUUCUCCUACUCACCUGUGCUCUGGCCCUGGUCGGGCUAUCUGGCUGUGUCCAUCUCCGUCACCAAAAAAGCAGCCUCCUGGGAGGGCAUUGCCCAGGGUCACGUCAUGGUCACCGUAGCGUCCCCUGCCGAAGUGGAGUCCAAGGACGGCGCCGAGCAGACGUCAACUGUGAAGCUGCCAGUGAAGGUGAAAGUCAUCCCUGCACCACCACGGAGCAAGCGGGUCCUCUGGGACCAGUACCACAAUCUCCGUUACCCACCCGGCUACUUUCCCCGUGACAACCUUCGUAUGAAGAAUGACCCCCUCGACUGGAACGGCGACCACAUCCACACUAACUUCAGGGACAUGUACCAACACCUCCGGAGCAUGGGCUACUUUGUCGAAGUCCUUGGUUCGCCCUUCACAUGCUUCGACGCCAGUCAGUAUGGAACCUUGCUCCUGGUGGACAGUGAGGAGGAGUACUUCCCGGAGGAGGUGGCGAAGCUGCGGAGGGAUGUGGACAACGGCCUCUCACUCAUCGUCUUCAGUGACUGGUACAACACAUCAGUGAUGAAGAAGGUGAAAUUCUACGACGAGAACACCAGACAGUGGUGGACGCCAGACACUGGGGGUGCCAACGUCCCAGCUCUGAAUGAGCUCCUGUCUGUGUGGGACAUGGCAUUCGGUGACGGACUGUAUGAAGGGGACUUCACCUUGGCCAAUCAUGAAAUGUAUUACGCAUCCGGGUGCAACAUCGCCAAGUUUCCAGAAGAGGGCGUUGUGAUCACACAGACGUUCAAGGACCAAGGAUUGGAGGUGCUGAAGCAGGAAACAGCCAUGGUAGAAAAUGUGGCUAUCCUGGGUCUUUACCAGACACCAGCAGAGGGCGGGGGUCGUAUUGUGCUGUACGGAGACUCUAAUUGCUUGGAUGACAGUCACCGGCAGAAGGACUGCUUCUGGCUCCUGGCUGCACUGUUGCAGUUCACAGCCUACGGAGUGAUGCCACCCAGCCUGAGCCACUCGGGCAGUCGACAGCGUCCCCCCAGUGCGGGCCCAGACUCUCCAGAGCGGAUGAAAGGGAACCACCUGCACCGCUACUCCAAGGUUCUGGAGGCCCUCCUGGGAGACCCUGAGCCACGGGCUCUGCCUGCCUGUCCACACUUGUCAUGGGCCAAGCCACAGCCCUUAAACGAAACAGCACCCAGCAAUCUCUGGAAGCACCAGAAGCUGCUCUCCAUCGACCUGGACAAAGUGGUGCUGCCCAUCUUCCGGUCGAAUCGUCCACAAGUGCGGCCCUUGUCUCCGGGGGAGAGCAGUGCUUGGGACAUACCUGGAGGGAUAAUGCCUGGCCGCUACAACCAGGAGGUAGGCCAGACCAUCCCCGUUUUCGCCUUCCUUGGUGCCAUGGUGGUCCUGGCCUUCUUCGUGGUGCAGAUUAAUAAAGCGAAGAGCAGGCCCAAACGAAGGAAGCCCCGCGUGAAGCGCCCACAGCUGGGGCAACCGGUCCACCCCCCGAAGGCCCCGUCAGUGUGACCACCCUCAGGCCAACUGGGACAACCACAGUGGGGCUUGGGUAGCAACGUAGGGUCCCCGUUGAAGGGGCCCAUCCUUCAGUUGCAGUGGGUAAUCCUCUACUGAGGUGUGUCCCCCUGGGGAACAGACAUCUGGAGGUUCCUUCCAAUGCUCACUGGGCUGUUUCAUCUAUUUAUUGUUAAGAGACACUUUGCAGACUUGGACUGCUGGGGAGCAAAGCUAUUAUUUUGUCAGUGGAAUGCAGUUUUUUACUCACCUCAUGAGGACUGGCAUGGAUCGCUUGCCCUCCCACCAGUGGGCGGCUGUCUGUGAGAAAAACCUACCUGGGCUUUAUUUUUCUAAGUAUCACCUGCCAUCCUAUUUUGUAAUUUGGGGUUUGGAUUUCACCAUUGUCGGUGAUGAGAAUUCUCAAUAAAUGUGCAUUACCUGUAUGAAGCAA